GUUAUACAAGUGAAUAAGUCACUUCAGACGCCACCAAGAAGCAAAAACCAGGAGGGUGAAAACUGCCUGGCUACCUAAGCAUGUGAUCCUUCUUGGAUUACUGAUGACUGACUAAAGAUGACUGGUGUAAAGCCGAAAAUCAGAUGCUUUUGCAGACUGAAGGAGAGUUGCAUUCAUCUGCAAAAAGGCCUGCUUGCCAUCAUCAUCACAAAAGUGGCCAUGGCGCUUGUGCUGUUCGGAGCAGUGUGGUCCAUCACAGAGAAGGAGUGUCUUCCUGGGGGGAAUCUCUUUGGGAUCGUGGUAUUAUUUAUUACUGCCAUCUGUGGGGGAAAGCUCAUGGCUCUCAUUCACUGUGCCCCUCUGCCCCCUUUACCCCCCCUCCUCGGAAUGCUACUGGCAGGGCUCGUCCUUCGUAAUGUGCCUUAUGUCACCUCCGCCGUCUACAUCGAUAGCACAUGGUCCGCUGCCUUGAGAAACAUUGCCCUCGCCAUCAUUUUGACCAGAGCUGGACUGGGGCUUGAUGCGUUGGCCUUGAGGAAGCUGAAGGCAGUGUGUGUGCGUGUAGCAGUGGGGCCCUGUACAGUGGAAGCCUGCACUGUAGCAGUAGUCUCUCACUUCCUGAUGAGUCUGCCCUGGAUCUGGAGUUUCCUUUUAGGGUUUGUGCUCAGCGCAGUGUCUCCAGCAGUGGUGGUUCCCUCCAUGCUGCUUCUGCAGAAGGAAGGCUUUGGGGUACAGAAGGGGAUCCCCACGCUGCUUAUGGCGGCGGGGAGCUUUGAUGACAUCCUGGCCAUCACGGGCUUCACCGCCUGCCUGGGCAUGGCCUUUGCCACAGGCUCCACCUGGAGCAGCCUGCUCAAAGGCAUCUUGGAGGUGCUUGGAGGCCUGACCAUUGGGCUGGUCUUGGGAUUCUUCCUUCGUUUUUUUCCAAGCGCAGACCAGGCACAGCUUGUGUUGAGGCGUUCCUUCCUGCUUUUGGGACUCGCUGUCCUGGCCAUCUUUGGGAGUCGCAUUGCGGGGUUUUCUGGGGCGGGGGGUCUCUGCACCCUGGUCAUGGCCUUCCUGGCUGGACUGAGCUGGCAGGAGUCAAAGAUCCCCGUGGCUGGAUUUGUUGGGAUGUGCUGGACUGUCUUCCAGCCACUCUUGUUUGGAUUGAUUGGAGCUGAAAUUUCAGUCACUGCACUGGAUGUGAAUACUGUAGCCCUGGGUCUAGCAGCUAUCAGCACUGGGCUCAUUGUACGAGUUCUGUUCACUUUCACCAUGGUCCUGUUUGCGGGCUUCACUUUCAAGGAGAAGGUCUUCAUAGCCCUGGCUUGGCUCCCAAAGGCAACAGUGCAGGCUGCCAUUGGCUCCACGGCCCUGGACAUGGCCCGAGCUCAGGGGGACGCUGUCCUAGAGAAGUUUGGCAUGGACAUCCUCACAGUGGCAGUGCUGGCCAUCCUCACCACUGCUCCCAUAGGGGCCCUGAGCAUCAGCCUUGCUGGACCACGGCUGCUGCAGAGGUCCACGACCACCUUGCAGGAGAACCCACGCCCAGAAGCAGCCAAACCUCCUGCCCAGACCGAAAGACAGUGUUGUAACCUGACAUUCUUGGCGCUAUGUGGACACACAGCAAGACGUCCCUCAGACACGAGGCUGGAGAAGCAUCUGAAAGGUCUGUACAUGAUCAAAUUGCUCAUGGUUGUUUUCUAAUGGGGGCAGAGCUCAGUCUACUCACAUUUUGAACUCCUGAGAAGAACCGUUGUUAAUUUUCCACAUUAACUUAAAGACUGAAAAGCAGACUAAUGAGAAGGGACACCUGGCAUGCCUUGUGUCUGCAGCCUGCGUCUGUGUGUGGAAAGCUUAACACCCCCCCCUAUAUUGUCUCCUACUGAAUUACAAAAAGUGACAGUUUUAUAGCAUGUGCCACUAAAUAAUAAUAUUAAGGACAAAGAAGUACAGCUUACAUACAUCCUUCUGGAGAUUAUUAAUAGUUUUGAAUAUUGUUCUAUCAUCAUUAGGUUUUAUAUCACUACCUGUUCAUUAUUAUUGAGCUACGUGUGGUUUCUCCUGUCAGGGGCUUCCUGUAUCCUGGAUUUAGCAUAGCUUGCUGGGCAAUGAUGAAUUCAGUGCUUUUCUUUCUUUUCACACAGCCUACUUUUCUGUCUACUACAGGAUUAUAUUUUCACCAAUGGCAUCCUAAACAGUCGAGUAUGUAUGUAUGUAUGUAUGUAUGUGUGCAUUACCACAACAACAACAAUAGUAUAGUAUCUAUUUUUAUUAUUACAUCCAUUAUGUAUUGUCAUAAUGAUGGAACACGAGUACCCAGUGGAAGUGAGAGGUUGUGAAAAGCAGGUAGGAGGGACAUUGCUGUGCCAUCACUUUGGAGGGAAACUUCAACCAGCUUUUUUUUAGCGGGAUUUAAGGUAAAUUUUAUCACUGGUGACCUAGAGGAAGUUAUGGGUCAUCCAGAUCUUGAUCGUUUAUACAUUGAGAACAGGUACAAAGGUGGUGACUGAAUACAUUUCGUACUGAGGUAAAUCUGGGUAUCAUCAGCAAAACACUGCAAAAAUUGGGUUGAUCUAUCUAACAAUGUCGCCGCGUGGGUGGAUGUAUAAAUUGAAAAGCAAGAGAUGAAGAAUCAAACCUUGUGGGACCCCAAAUUGGAUAAAUAGCCUAGAAAACAGUUGUUUAUAUAAGUGCCAAACUAGCCUAUCCUUGUACAGUCCAACUGUACCAUUUGUCCAGCCCAGCGUGCUGCUCCGAUGGGAUCCAGUGGGGAUUCUGUGGUCACCCUUGUACGGUACAAAUGUCAACAUUGUGUGAGACAGGUUAUAUUAUCCCGCAGCUUUUCAGGGUAGUAAGAGUCAGAUUCAACAUUUGUGUGAGACGGGUUAUAUGGUCUCGCAGCUUUUCAGGGUAGUAAGAGUCAGAUUCAACAUUGUGUGACACAGGUUAUAUUAUCCCGCAGCUUUUCAGGGUAAUAAGAAUCAGAUUCCACAUUUGCGUGAGACGGGUUAUAUGGUCUCGCAGCUUUUCAGGGUAGUAUGCAGUAAGAGUCAGAUUAAACAUCACGUGAGACGGGUUAUAUGAUUCCACAGCUUUUCAGAGUAGUAAGCAAUGAGUCAGAUUAAACAUCUCGUGAAACGUAAAGUACACAAUCAUUUGGAAAUUGUUUCUGGUAGCUCAGAAGUAACUGAAAAGUUAAUGUGUUCAAUGCUGAAAUGUGUAUGAACUCAGGGCUGUAUUUUCUUCUUGUAUCCAGCAUAGAUGUGAAAAAGAUCCACAGUUAUAAAAAUGUUGAAAACAUGUAUAAACAGAAAGAUAGUUAGGAACAAAAAGAACAAAAGAAAGUGCAUUACGGGGUGUCCAAUGACCAGCUUGGAGCGGUCAGUGUGCUGGGCUCUUUCUGACAGGUAUAAUCACAUGGGCACCUUCUGCAUUUCACCUAUCAACAUGACAGGUUUCCUGUCUCCAGAACAUUGAUGCUGAUAGUCUGUCUUCUGUGAAAAGGAAAGUUGGAGACAGAACCAUGUCACACCAGGAGGCCAAGAGAGGGGGCUUUGGUGUGUGUGUGUGUGAGCGUGUGUGUGUCAUAUCUCCCGGGAUUCCAUGUGAGUGGAGUUUGCCUGUCCUCCGUGUGUCAUCACGGGGUUUCCUCAGGGUACUCCAGUUUCUCUCCAAAGUCCAAAAACAUGCUGAGGCUAAUUGGAGUUGCCAAAUUGUCUAAAGGUAUGUGCGUGUGAUUGAAUGGCCUGGGUUGAUCCCUGCCUUACACCCAUAGGCUCUGGACCCCCUGCGGCCCUAAAUAGGACACAAAGAAUUGAUGGAUGGAUGGAUGGAAGGAACCACUUUUAUGACUCUUUGAUGUCUGAGCAGUCUGCAUUGACAGCUCCA